AUGGUGACAGCCACGCCCAGGUCUGUCCCAGGGUGUGUGGCCUUGCUCUGGUCAUGUGACCGCACUGACCGCAAUAACUGCACUGUGGCCUUGGUCCGGGUCGGAGCGCUUGGGGGACGAGGUCUCCUCUGCGUCUGUCAGGGGGGAGGAGUAUCGUGUGGGUUUGACUAUGUGGGUCUGGUCUAUGUGGCUUUGUACCAUGUGGGUCUGGAUCAUGUGGGUUUGAACUAUGUGGGUCUGUACCAUGUGGGUCUGGAUCAUGUGGGUUUGGACUGUGUGGGUUCGGACUAUGUGGAUCUGGACCAUCUGUGUCUGUACCAUGUAGGUCUGGAUCAUGUGGAUCUCUGCCAUGUGGGUCUCUAUCAUGUGGGUUUAGACUAUGUGGGUGUGUACCAUGUGGGUAUGGACCAUGUGGGUAUGGACCAUGUGCGUCUGGAUCAUCUGCAGGAUGAUGAGAAGAUGGCUACCGCCUGUGUGUUUCCACUGGGACCGGAGAGCUUCCAGCUGUUCACCAGGGAAUCACUGCAGGCCAUCGAGGAGCGACUCCGACUGCAGGAGGAGAAGAAGAGGCUGUACCAGGAGGACCUGGGGGAAGUGGAGGAGCUCCAACCUCGACCGGACCUGGAGGCCGGAAAGACCCUUCCCCGGAUCUUCUCCGAGAUCCCUGCUCAUCUGAAAGGAGUGCCCCUGGAGGACAUUGACCAGUACUACAGGGACCAGCGGACCUUCAUCGUCCUGAACAAGGGCAAAGCCAUCUCCCGCUUCAGUGCCACAUCUGCCCUGUUCCUAUUCAGCCCCUUCCACCCGGUCAGACGCCUGGCAAUCCGCAUCCUGGUGCACUCUCUCUUCAACCUCUUCAUCAUGUGCACGAUUCUGACAAACUGUUGCUUCAUGGCCAUGUCUGACCCUGCCUACUGGACCAAGUACCUGGAGUACACCUUUACGGGGAUCUACACAUUUGAGUCCCUCAUAAAGAUCCUCGCUCGUGGUUUCUGCGUGGGACCAUUCACCUUCCUCAGAGACCCCUGGAACUGGCUCGACUUCAGCGUCAUCAGCAUGGCGUGA